UUUUUUCUUCGACCCUACGACUGUAAAGUAUAUGUUUGUAACGAAAUUCUCAAAGAGGGUUAAUUAAUGGACAGCAGUUUGUGAUGUGGUAGCGAGCAGGCACAGUAUCAAUACCCUUUACAACAUAUUUUUUUUCCUACCAAAUUCUUUCUGAAAUUUAUCAUCCGAUUUGCACAUCUGGACUAUCUCAUAAAGCUGAGGCAAUAUUUACUUAUGCUGUGAAGAUUAGAAAGUCUUCAUGAUGAUGUGAAAAACAUUUAGUUAUGUAUCUCGGGAGAGAUGGAUCAUUAUAAAAUGGGAUUACUAAUUGAUUGCAAACAUCCCUCUAUAUCUUGGAUUUUUCCUCGGAAUGAAUGAAUGCGAUGGAGAGGUCCGUGUACAACCACAGCUUUCAGCAGAUUGUUGUUGGCAAUUCCAUUGGCAAAAUCGAGCAGCGGGAACCAGCUUUCCUCAAGGGGGACCACAACCAUGUCCCCAAACUACAGACAUACCAUCAGGAAGCGUAUUAUUUGUACUUUGUGGCUGUUCUUGGACUCCUUCUCAACAUUCUAGUGGCCAUCUUUAUUUUCAUCAGACGGACUAUGAGAAAACUGACUAGUGCUUUUCUGGUUCAUGCCUGUUUUUUGGACAGUCUAAAAGCUGCUUACUGCAUUCCAAUAGCCAACAAUCUGAUAACACAAAUUAAACCCUCUGACUGCGACUUUUUUGGAGCAUCUUAUGUGCUUAUUAUUACAGCCUCCAUCUUUAAUAUGGUGGCUAUGGUAUGUACCGAAGCCUACACUUUUGGAGAGGUGAACAUUGGUGGAAAUUCCCAUGGUUCUCUGUGUUGUGUUAUUUUUGGCAUUAUACUUGUGUAUAUUGCUAGUACAAUUUUACAUCUAGGACCGACUUUAAUUGGAGGAUACUUUGAUUUCCAUCCUCAGAUUGGCAGUUGUUCUUUUGUGUUAGGAAAGCAGACAGGCUAUGUGGCCCAUGUGAUGUGGAUUAUCAUCAUUACGCUGGCUGUAUUGUUCGUAAUCCACUUUAUCUGUAAGCUGUAUAAAGAGAUUCAGCUUAACCAUCCUAAUCGUGUCUCCAUGCUGGUCCGUUCAUCCAUCACAAUCACAGACAAUCCACUCAAUUCUACAUGCAAUAUCCGCAGCAUGAUUCAAGACUCAAGUCAACGUGCUAAAAUGUUUGUGCUCAGCACAAUUGCAUUUGUUUUGUGUUGGUAUCCUUUGUUUUUGCUCAUACUUGUUGACUCGGAAUUCAAACAACGACCAAAGAUGUACCAAGCCUUUAGUUUCAUUGCCUGGACACAGGGCACAAUUCAGCCCAUACUUUACAUUUGCUUUGAUAGACACAUUGACAUUUUGGCAAAAUACAUCUACUGUGAUCGUUACCGACAACAAAAUCUGGCUGCCUUAGCUGAAUGGUUAACGACACAAGCUGAAAUCAACCACCAAGAUCAGCAUGAUGAAGAAGGUGAAGGUCAAAGUCAAAGUGAGUUUACCCCAGGUCAAGGUCAAACUGGUAUUGAGGAUACCAACAGUAUUAACAUGGAUGACUGUAUUAGUGCUCUAAGCUCUCGAAGCACGUAUAGAUCUCGGCCAAGCCACGAGGCCACCCCUGAGUCAAACUCAGACAACACAUCCAGCUUGCUUAUGAGUCGAGCUGAAGCCCACACUUCCAGUAACCCACAAAUCCGCGGAGACUUUCGUAUCUCAUGUUAAAUCUGUUUUAAGAUUAUAAACUGCUGGUCUAUCGUUCUACUGAUAUAACAUGUAUAUUUAUUUAGAUAUUAAAGUUAUUCACUGGUUGAA